AUGUCUGAGGACAAGUUCAGCAUGUUUCCUGCCGUGUCACCAGGGAACAUGGCAAGAGAUUUUAUACUCCACCUGUUCACGAUCGCUUUGUAUAUUGUACUUAAAUUGUUGGCGGUGCUUCUCGCAACUGCGCAGCGUUUCGCUGCCAGACUCUACGAAAUAUACUCGGAAUAUGUAGCUUUACCACCCUCGGGCAUUCACAAACCUGAAGAAAGUGCGAUAGUGGUGAUAGGAGGCGAGAACAACUUGGGCAGACGGAUCUGUCUCAGUUUUGCUGAGCUGGGAUAUACAGUGUUCGCGCUAUGCCGAAGCAAUGGCGAAGCGGACAACCUGCAGACAUCUAUCUCCUAUUCUACGAAACCAGCUCAUGCCUCUUCCAAGCUCUUGUAUGAAUGGCAGCUCAGAAAGAAACAGUCCGAAACCUCUGCUUGGGGCGACAUUGCGCCUAUUGUUUCUGACUUGGGGUCAGCAGCACAGCGAAAGAGCGCUUUCGAAACAGUACAUGCAUAUUGCGUCGGUCGUUCCCUACGUCUUGUCACCCUAAUCUUGGCGCCUCCACAUGCUCCUUUACACUGGUGGGAAUCACCCCAGUCCCACAGUAGUCAAAUCACGGCAGCAGACCACUCUCAACCCAUGAGGACAGUGAUCACUCAGGGUGAUCUCACACAGAGUUUGCUUUGGGCCGACCGAGUUAAGCACUCAAUUAUGGAACCAAUUCUCGUGAUUCGAGAUUAUGUCGACAUGCUGGUCGCGUCUUCCGGGAGACUCAUUCUGAUAUCUGGGUGCCCCGAGGAUUAUCUUUCCAAUACUCCACCGUCGCCGAUUGAUUGGGCGUACUCGUCAAUUGCUGGUUGCCUCGGUCACGAACUAGAACCUCUAGGCGUCAGAGUAUCCUCAGUCUUCGUGGAUCUAUUGGCCCAGCGCUCCGACGGGUCAGAACAGCCGUUGUUGGCUAGUGAGAGGCUAGGCGGCAAGGGAAUCUCUGCGAAUCCGUUGGGAUUGACAGGUAUAGAUAAUAUCGUUGCCGCUAUUUUGGCGGCCGUGUUACCUUCUUCCGCUGCGCAGGAACAUGAAGUAACAGACUUCCUUGUGCAACUUGUUGAAUCCAGAUAUCCGAGGCGAAGCGUCAGCAUUGGUGUCCACCCUUUCUUCUGUGCAGUCGCCAGAGCAACUCCCGAGUUACUACGGCAUCUCGCAAAACUCUUAAUUGAUGGCCUGCGGUGA